GCGGCUUGGGCCGGAAGUCAGCGAGCUCCGGGGUGUGUGUGUGUGUCUGUGUCUGGGUGUGCUUCCCGGCGGCGCGCGGUGCGGGACAAGCACUUGGGGAUUCCCGUCUGAGGCGUCACUACUGUCACUGCCAUCGCCCCCACGGAGCCAAUUCUAGAGGGCAGAAGACCCGGCCCUUAGCCGGGCAGAGAAGAUGUUGCCUCUGUCUAUCAAGGACGAUGAAUACAAACCACCCAAGUUCAAUCUGUUCGGCAAGAUUUCGGGCUGGUUUAGGUCUAUCCUGUCGGACAAGACGUCUCGAAACCUGUUUUUCUUCCUGUGCCUGAACCUCUCUUUCGCUUUUGUGGAACUACUCUACGGCAUCUGGAGCAACUGCUUAGGCUUGAUUUCCGACUCUUUUCACAUGUUUUUCGAUAGCACUGCCAUUUUGGCUGGCUUGGCAGCUUCUGUUAUUUCAAAAUGGAGAGAUAAUGAUGCUUUCUCUUAUGGGUAUGUUAGAGCAGAAGUUCUGGCUGGCUUUGUCAAUGGCCUAUUUUUGAUCUUCACUGCUUUUUUUAUUUUCUCAGAAGGAGUUGAGAGAGCAUUAGCCCCUCCAGAUGUACACCAUGAGAGAUUACUGCUUGUUUCAAUUCUUGGGUUUGUGGUAAACCUAAUAGGAAUAUUUGUUUUCAAGCAUGGAGGUCAUGGACAUUCUCAUGGCUCUGGCCAUGGACACAGUCAUUCCCUCUUCAAUGGUGCUCUCGAUCAGACACAUAGCCAUGUAGAUCAUUGCCAUAGUCAUGAAGUGAAACACGGUGCUGCACACAGCCACGAUCAUGCUCAUGGACACGGGCACUUUCAUUCUCAUGAUGGCCCUUCGCUAAAAGAAACAGCAGGACCCAGCAGACAGAUUUUACAAGGUGUAUUUUUACACAUUCUGGCAGAUACACUUGGAAGCAUUGGUGUAAUUGCCUCUGCCAUCAUGAUGCAGAAUUUUGGUCUAAUGAUAGCAGAUCCUAUCUGUUCGAUCCUUAUAGCCAUGCUUAUAGUUAUAAGUGUUAUUCCUCUUUUAAGAGAGUCUGUUGGAAUAUUAAUGCAGAGAACUCCUCCUACAUUAGAAAAUACUCUGCCUCAGUGCUAUCAGAGGGUGCAGCAGUUACAAGGAGUUUACAGUUUACAAGAACAGCACUUUUGGACUUUAUGUUCUGACGUUUAUGUUGGGACCUUGAAAUUAGUAGUGGCACCAGACACUGAUGCCAGGUGGAUUUUAAGCCAAACACAUAAUAUCUUUACUCAGGCCGGAGUGAGACAGCUUUAUGUACAGAUUGACUUUGCAGCCAUGUAGUGAAGGAAAAGAAAUUAUGCUUUCUUUUGGACCAAAUUUUUCUGGUACUGUACAAUACAAAACAUUGUACCCAGCUUUUUAAAAUAGAGAAAUUGUCACAACUCCCCAGUACCAAGUCGACCAGUCGAGUCAGCUGUUUGUGCUCUGCCGGGAGUUUACAGCUAAGGGAUCAGAAUUAAGAACAUUUCCUGGACUUCUGCACUCUUCCCUCCAAAUCAUUUUGAUUACUGAAGUUUCUGGUUUUAUUCCAGGGUGUUGGUUUGUCCUUUUUCUUUUGUGUUUUUGUUUUCAUGCUGAAUGUCCUCACCUCCAUCCCUUCAUCUCAGCCAGUAAGAAAUUCAGAUUGUGGGCCUCCGACCAUCUGGAAUGUCUUCACUGAAGCUUCUGGAAACCAAUGCUUUCAUUCCCACAAAACCAGUGUUAUUAAAAAAAAAGAAAAGAAAGAAAUGGAAAUCUGUUUUGUAUGUAAUGUCACAGUUGUUGACGUUCUUCAGUAUAAUCAUAUGUUUGUAAAAUUGUUUGUACCUUGCAAACUUACGAACCAAACCAUAUUGGGUUUCAAAGUGCCUUUGUAUCGGAAAAUGUAUUUGCCAGCAUAGAAACGUACCAUCAAAGGUCAUGUAUAUUUUUUUUAAAUGGAUAUUCUGUAAUCUGUACAAAAUAAGACUCUUGGUAGUAACCUAUUUUGUCUUUUUGUGUACUUACAGUAUAGAUUUAGAUAUAUGAAAAUUGUCCUUCUAUUGGUUUUAUCUCAUCAAAAAAUAAAAGGUAUUAAUUUUCUUUUUAAAGCAAAUUCAAUUAUCCCAUUAAAUUACUUAUGGACUGUAUUUUCAGAACUUUGCAUAUGCAUCUGUUGUUCAGAAAACUAUUUUAACUUAAAACAUCUGCUAAAUUCUAAAUUUCUGUAAAAACUACUGUGUUUAUGAUAAACUUUCCUAUAAAACUUUCCUUACCAUUUUUGUGGAUUUUAUGAAACGACAAUGUAGACUGAAGGGAGAAAUGGUUGUGACAGUGUAAUUUUGCUUUUUAUUCUUCAAAUACCAAGUCAUAUAAUUUAUUUUCCUGUGUAAGCUUUAUCCAAAUACAGUUGCUUUUAGGAAUCCUAAGGCAGCAUUUGAUUGAGUUUGAAGUAUUAAAGCAUACAGAGCAAAUGUGCUUAUGUAGAACUCUUCCUAACACAGGUAUCUGAGACAAGUUGAUUUUCUAGGUCCUGUGUAUUUGAAAAAUAAAGUUUCCAUUUGCGAUGACAAGUGCUUGCCCACUCUACUUAAGUAUUCUGUUUUAUAAAGAGAUAAUCGUCUGGAUAAACAUUUCCCCAUUAUAUUUCAUUUUAUCACAACAUGUAUUUGCUUUUCAUUUAAAAAAAAACCCUGAAAUUGUUGGAAGAAAAACACUGUAGGGUAGUAACGAUUAUUAAGAAUGUAGAUCAACAAGAAGCACUUUUUCACUGAGGUGACAGAAAUCAUUAUUGAUUUUGUCCAAGUUUUGGAGUAUUUUCCCCUAUAAUUUAUGUAUUAUUCUAUAUUAGGAGAAGUAGACCACUUACUUCAUCUCUUUGUAAACUACUGCAGAUAGCCAGGAACUGUCAGUAGUCUCCUUUUUGCAGAUAAAGUAGUAUUUUCAAAACGUUUGCUUACUGCCAGGCAGCUCUGUCGCUAAUAUAAUGUGUUUACUAAAACAAUUGCUGAGGUCUUUCAAGAGGGAAAGUACAAAAGGAAAUGUUCUAACAAUGGUAUUGCUUUUUCAUUACAAAUGUUAAGUAGUCAUUUAGAAUUUUGCUGCCACUACCAAGUCCAUUAGAACUUUGGGAUAUUCAAUGGGUUGUGGCAUAUUAAAAUGAUAGCUCUAGAUAAAGGCAGAGAUUUGGGGUGUGUGCCUUUAAAAACUAAUUAUGUGUAACUAUUUCCCUACCCUAACAAUAAUUGCACUGGUCUGUAAAUUUACCAGUGCAAUGUGAAGAUCCAAUUCUGCCUUCACUGGGCCCACCAUUCUAAGUGAAGUUUUUGUCAAAAUAUGUAUUUAUUUAACAGUGUUCUCUGUACACGAAUGCAUGAAGUUUUUUUUUUCCUUCUUUUGAUAAGGCAUAGAAUAUAUGUAGAGUCUUAAACUGACAUGAAACUCUAAUUUUGCAUUUGUUUCAAGAUAUUUCCAGCUCAUUGCAUUUAGCAGUUUGGCAUUAACGGUCUUGCUUUAACUAAGUGUCAGAUUUGUGUGUGCAAAAGUAAAAAAUUUGUGUAAGGGGGCAGCUCCUGUGGCUCAAGGAGUAGGGCGCUGGCCCCAUAUACCAGAGGUGGUGGGUUCAAACCCAGCCCCGGCCAAAAGUAAAAAAAAAAAAAAAAAAAAAAAAAUUCGUGUAAGAAAAUGCAGGUUUUCCCCUCAUUUUUAGGAAAUCUUUUGUCUUCUUAUGUUCUUGGCACAUAUGUAUUACAAAAGUAGAUAAUUUCACUGAAAAAAAUUACCUGGUUAUUGUUACAAAUAGAAUAUAUAAAAUAUACAUUUAGAAUGUCCUUGGUAUCAGACUAACUCUUGCAGACUAAAAAAGGCUAAGACUAUCUGUAUCUGAGCAUAAUUUUGCCUGUAUUUAAAAACCCCCAAUAUUCUCCGGAGAACAAAUUUGUAUUGGCCAGGGAAAGUUUUCCUUGCCUGGUAAAGUUCUCCAAACAGAAGUACACCUAUAUUUAUUUUGGUUUUUUAAUCUAGAUUACUCACUGUGAAGGGCUUUAACAUGCACAACUUCCUCAUCUUGCUAACGCCCUGUGUGUCUUUGUGAAGGACAGUAUCUAGUUUACCUGUGGGUCAGUGCCUCCUCCUGUCAUCCCUACCAGUCCGUGACAGAUGUCAUUGGUAUUGUGAUUUCCAUUGUAUCCAGAAUAUUUCAGCAUUCUUGAAAGCCUACACAUGUACACCAGGAACCAAAAUACUGUGAUUUUUGUGCACCUUUAUCAAGCCACCAAUCAUUAACUCAAAGUGCGGUAGAUCACAGUUCUAUGUUUUUACCUACUAUGAGAUAAUCAGUUUUUACAAAGAUUAUUAACAUGGUAGCACCUCGUCAUAUAACGCUGGGGGAAACAAUAUUACAUUGCUAAGCGUAGGAUUUUACACUAAAGCAGGGACUGACAGUCCAGUCUACCUCUCAUUUUACAGAUGAGAAAACCCAGAAAAGCUGUAUUUACUUGAGGUCACAGAAACAAUUAGUGGUAAAGCCAAGGCUAGAAUUCAGAUCUUCUGAUUGUAAGUCGAGAGUUCUUUAUACUCUUAUUGUGCUGCCUUUCCAGUGUAGUAUUUGCCUUCUGUAAAUGUGAUUAAGUAUCAUUUGUAAAUAAAGGAUAUUUGACCUCCACUUUGGUACAUGAAGGCACUUUAUAAAUGGGGCUUUAUUGUCUCAUUUUUCAUUUAUAAUUAUGAGGUUUGGAAUAUUUCCAUAGUAUUCCUUAUGGAAUAUAUAUUUUUUAUUUUUUACUGUUUUAAUGAAACCAAUUCCUGACUUUAAAAAAGACGGCAUCUGUACAAAUUACUUUAACUUAGGAGUGAAUUUUUCUUGAUUUUUAAUUGCCCAAGGCUAAAUCCAAUGUAAGAAUUGCUGAGUUUAUUUUAUAUUCUGUGAAUUGGUACAUUUCAGAAACCAGGCUAAUUCACAGGUGACAUCAUUUCAAUCUUACCACUUUGGUUUCCAGGUACUGGAGACUUUUUGCAUUAAAGACUCUCAAAACCAUGCAAAAUUGAGCAUUAAAUGCUGUAUAGAAUAAAACAGAUCUUUUAAUUCAGUAAGGUUAAAAUUCUGAAAUCAUAUCAGAACCCAAGAUAUUAAACUAUAAUUACUAAUGCUUCAUAAAAGCAUUAUCCACGAGAAAGUUAAAAAGUUUUUCUUUUCAUCACCAUCUUCAAAACAAAAUUCUCUCCCAAUUCACAAGAACUUUAGUGAAAAAUGAAAUUAUCUUACUCUCUGGAGAACAUUCAUUGGAAGUUUUAUCAGUGGAAGGAUUAUUUCAAGAUGUGAUUUCUCAGAAGCCUUAGUUAUCCAGAUCGCAACCAGACUCAAAUAUGGUGAGAAAUUACAUAUUAAAAAAAUACUAAUAAUUGGAGAAAAGAAAUAGAGAAAUGUUGUUCUAUUUAAAGUCCAAAUGUAUGUGCGUCUUUCUGAUGAGGGCAUCUCUGAUUUGGAAAUGUUUAACCAUUUCCAACUGCAAGUUAUACAGAAGGGAAGGGGGCAGGAAUCAGGGAGAUUACCCUUAUUGAGGAUUUAUGUGCCAGGCAGAUAAUAUGCCCUUUGUGUUAUGGUAUAUAACCCCCAGAUUUCUGUAGAGGAUUUUGGAAGAUUUUAUGAUUCACAGAGCUUUUUCAAAUAUAUUUUCUUAACAUCCCUGUGAGGAAGGAAUUUUUAUCCCCACUUUACAGGUGAGGAAGCUGUUUAAAUGAUUUGCCUCCAGGAUAACCAGUGCUAGAGCACUGACUCAUCAGUGCUGACAGCUACUGUUCCAUGUGUGGUGUGCCAUUCAGCAAUGCUUCAGAGGUCCAAGACGUUGCAGCAGAUCUAAACAGACUCUCCUAUAAAAUUAGCGAACAGUCACUAUGACAAGAUUGAGAUGGGGCAGGGACGGUCACUAGACUCUUUCAGUGCUGUCUUAUGUGUAUUGACUGCCUUUGCUAUUCAUCUUGAGCUGUGUAGGUUCAAAAGAGAAAUCAGAACUCCAGAAGCACUUUUAAGACCCCUAAAGGCUGGGGGUGGGGGGGAAGAAAAGUUUUACUGGCACUUGCCAAAUACUGCUUAAGGGAUUGACUCAAAACAUUGCACCUUCUGUGCCAGUGAGGAGAGAAACUGAACUCCUGCCCGCCCAAGAGACCUUAACUUAGUUUAUUAGGGGAUUAUCUCCCAAGGAGUGUAAAUAAUUUUGCACUGCAGGAGAAGGAAUUAGGAUUUGAUUUACAUUUUAUAUACAUCUUUUCAAAAGGAAGAAGUCUAUUUCAUAAAUAGUAGUAAUCCAUGUUUAAACUUAAUAUUUAACUUUUAACUCUUACAGCAGCUUUAAAAAUUUGUUAUUUGGAAUUUUGAUCAUGAGGUUGGAAUGACUGUAAAAAAGAAUGUCCUUUUAUUUUCAAACUUAACAUGGGCUUACACUAACCUGCUCAGUAUGUCUGGUUAACGAGUGUAUUACAGAUACUAGUGGACACAAUAGGCAAGGGUUAGGCACAGGAAAAAACAGUAUUUCAUUGUUUAUUACAGAAGACAUUUAGCAUUUCUUUGGUAUUUUUCCAGAAAUAAGUGACUUAAUAUUGACAAUGGCCAUUUUAUUUUCAAGCAGCCUUUUUAAUACACAGAAGUAAACAGAUGUUAUUCAUUUUACAUAUUGCUGGACAGAAUGCUUGGCAGAACUGGGACUGUGGAACCUGUCAUUUGAAUUUUUAUAUUCGGUAUGGCCAAACCAGGAACCACAGAGUCCUCCUUUGUGAUUAUGGAAAAUCGCCACAUUUGUGUUUUGAGGACCAUGGCAUGUCUUCUAUUUCAUUCAUCCUAGAUGUGCCAUCGUCUGAAACUCUGGAAGGUGCUUCUAUAAAAACAACACUGCAUGUAUUCAUUAAGUGAUUUAAAUAGUCCCAGAAUACUUUUACCUUUUUUCCCCCUUGUUCCCUCCAAAUAUUAAAUUAUAGAAGAGCCUCUCUUUAUUUCUUCACUUAUGUGUCCUCUCUUUUAAUCGUUGCUUCCACUGUAGAACUUCCACUUCUCACUAGUGGGGGGAAAAGCUUUACUUUGAAUUUCAAUAUUUUAAUUUUAUUUAUAUCUCACAUACUGUGCACCAGUUAGCCUCAGUGAAGAUUCUGUUUUGAAUUAGACAUAUCCUGUCAACUGUUUGUCAGGUAAUUUCAUUGCUUCGUCUAAUAGAAAAUUCAGUGAAAUUCUUUCCCAAGUACCCCCAGCUUUUGUGAGUUUAAUAAACAGAAUGUGUCUUUUAUAUUGGAAAUAAUGUGAAUGAAAAAUUGCCAAAUCUCUUCUCAGUAUAUUCUGAACACCUCUAUAACCCUUUACCUCCCUGCCUUUAGUAGUUUUUAAACAUAUGGCCAAGUUUAUGCUUGGGUUUCAUUCCUUUGGUGAAGAUUAUGGCAUCGAAACCUGUCUAAAAAUGCUUUAGAGUACAAGGCUAGCCUGUAAAGUCAAAUCUUUAAAGACUGUGUUGUAAUUUGGUUUGAAUAUGUGACAGCAAGUAGUUAGGAUUUGCCUAUGUGCAAUACAAAUCUAUAAUGUAUAUUCUACUUUUUCUACUUGAACACAUUCAUGUAUAUAUUUUGUUUAACCGUAGAUGUAUUUAAAAAGAAUCAUGAACUGUAUCAAAAUUCUUUCAAUAAAAUUUGUUUAAAAAUCU